AUGAGAAUAUUUGUUGGGAGAAAUCCCAGGUCUGUGGUGUUAUCUUCUGAAAGUUAUAGUCUAAAAUUUGAAAGACUCUAUGAUCGAUCUAAUCAAACUCAAGGCAAUGUGCAAGCCCAACAAGGCCAACCAAAUCAAAUAAAAGCACCCACAGUUUCGAUUAAAAACGUCAGUGCUAGUGAAUUGGUCAAAGAUGGCUAUAGAGAAUUGAGAGCACUACGUUUGAAUGGCCUACUAGGUUUACUUACAAUCAAUGGUGAUGUCUACGUAGUAGUAGUUGGUGGGGUACAAAGUAUAGGGUAUCCUAGAUGGCACUUGGAUGAUAGCUCAAAAAUCACACCAGAGCAAUCAAUUAACAAAAUAUUGGAGGUUGAUUUCAUCAGCUUAGAUACAGAGAUUUAUGAUCAUUUGUUUUUUGACCGGUCAGAGCAGAAUUUUGACAAGCUACUGCAUGAACAUCCCUGUGGUGUCUACAAAAGACUCUUCGCUGACGGUUCAUUUUAUUAUACCAAAGAUUAUGAUUUGACGAAUGCUGUGAAGUCCCCUGGUCUUACCCAUAACUUGGAUUAUGCGAUAGAUAAUUUUGAUACAUCUUUCAUAUGGAAUGCAAAUUUAAUUGGUGAAAUUAUCAAUUGGAGAGGAAGGCUAUCGAUGAAAGAGAAGCAGGCUUUUGAUAACGCUCCUUUUUUGAUGUUCGUUAUUAGGGGCUUUUGCAAAACAUCCAUAGUCAAUGACCCUGAUUUAACAGCUACAGUAACUGUUCUAUCAAGAGUUUCUACAGAAGGUCACAAGUCUAUAUCCGAUUCAGAAGGUAUGCACGAGGACUCGAGAGUUUCCACCAUUAUCGAAACUGAAACUAUUGUAACAACUGAUAGUUUUAUUCUAUCAUACACACAAAUUGCAGGGAAUAUUCCACUAUUUUACGAAAUUAUUGAUGGACAACUACUUUCCGGUAAAAAGCUGAAGCUUCUAAAACAACCUGGUGAGGGGCAAAACGAGUUUAACAAGCAUUUUGACACACUAGAAUCAAAAUUUGGUAUUGUCAGUGUUGUUAAUUUGGUUAAAUCUAGGAGCGAUUCACAAGAAACCUUGGCAUCUAUUUACAAGCAAUAUUCGGACACCAGAGGAAUAAAAAUAAGCAAUAUUCCGUGUGGUUCACAAACACUAAAUAAAUCUCCUCAUAAAGUUUUAUAUAGUCUGAAACAAGACAUAUAUGAGUGUGGAGCUUUUGCAUAUAAUAUAAAAAAGGGAAUUUAUUUUGGUAAACAAACCGGUGUAAUAAGAAUUAGUGCAGCAGACCCGAUUGAAAAACCUAUUCUCUUAGAAAAACUGAUAAGUAAAGAAGUGUUGGAACUAGCUACUAAGGAACUAGAUGGGUUUAGUAUAACUUCUCCAUUGCUUGAAGUGCAUGACAAAUUGUGGUCAGAAAAUCAUUUCUGGUUAGAAAGAGUGUAUGCGAAAAAUCAGAAAAAUUAUAAUAAAUCUGCAAAAAUAUAUUUGAAACUGUUUUCAUCACAUGUAAAAUUAUUCGAUCCAGUUCAUUUUUAUAUUUCCCAAUACUUGAGACAAUUUAGGAGCAGUUUUACACAUAUGAAGGAUAUAAAAGUAUUUGCAGGGACCUUUAAUGUCAGCGGCAAAUUGUCUAAGGAUGAUAUUUCUCAAUGGAUCUUUCCUAAUGGUGUAACCACAGAAGAAGACUUUGCAGAUGUGUAUGUAUUUGGUUUAGAAGAAGUUGUAGAGCUAACUCCAGGACAUAUGCUGGCAAUCGAUCCGUAUAUUAAACAAUUCUGGGAAAAAAAAUUAUUGGAUACCAUCAAUUAUUAUGAUAAAGAUUCUAGCUAUACUAAAGUUUGGAGUAGUCAGUUGGGUGGUGUUUUAUUGAUUUUAUUGAUGAAAUCCAGUGAAUCACUAAAGGUUAAGCAUGUCGAGGGAGAUGUCAAGAAAACAGGAUUUGGUGGUAUCACAUCUAAUAAAGGCGCAGUAGCUGUUAGUUUCAAUUACUCUGCAACAAGGUUCUGUGUCCUGGUUUCGCAUUUGGCAGCAGGUCUGGAGAAUGUGGAACAGAGACAUAACGACUAUAAAAUGAUAUCGAAAAACAUAAGAUUCUCACGAGGUCUAAGAAUCAAAGAUCAUGAUGCAAUUAUAUGGAUGGGUGACUUUAACUAUAGGAUAUUGAUGUCUAAUGAGGAAGUACGUAAGCUUAUUGCUUUAAAGGAUUAUAAGAGUCUAUUUGAAAAGGAUCAGCUGAACCAGCAAAUGAUAGCAGGUGAAUCAUUUCCCUACUUUCACGAGAUGCCAAUUGAGUUCCCUCCUACCUAUAAAUUUGAUCCAGGAACAAGGCAAUACGAUACUAGUGAAAAAUUAAGAAUUCCUGCUUGGACUGAUAGAAUUUUAGGCAGGGGUGAUGUCUUGAGACAACUAACCUAUACUUAUGCCCCAGAUGUUUUAUUUUCUGAUCAUCGCCCAGUCUCAGCUGUCUUUUCUGCGAAUGUUACUGUGGUGGAUGAGAAAAAGAAAGCUGAGUUAUCGUCAGUUAUACAUACCAAGUUAAUGGAGCGGCUUGAAGGAUGUGAUGAGGAUGAACGCAUAGAAAUUCUGAAUGAUGGUAAUUUCAAACUCAAUGAACUUGAUGAUGAGAUAUCUAAUAUAACCAAUAUGAAUGCAAAACCAGAACAAAAACGGGCAAGAAAGCUACCACCACCAAGUUCAGAGAUUAGGAAAUGGUGGGUAGGAAACGGAAAACAAGUCAAGGUUUUCCUAGAUACUGAUCCUGAAGAGUUUAUGUUGAAUCCUGAACACACUCCCAAUCCAUUUGAUUCUAAUGAUACAAGUCCGUUGUUUGUACCUAGGUCAUAG